AUGUUGGCCGCACGAUCGAGUGCUUGUCGUGCAGGCAGCCUCGGCAUUCGUUGCGGCGCCACCGCUCCCACAGUGGAUUCAAUCUCAAAACAGCACCAAAAGCUGGUAGAGAAUGAACCUGGGCCGCUAUGGAGAGUGGGGAAGAGCCCUUUUCAAGAAAUCCCUCAAGCCUGGCUCUCCUCGCUGAAGACGAUCAAGGAGGAACCGCAAGGCAUCAUCGAUCUGCACCCCGACGUUUUUCGGACGACCCCGCGCCUCGAUCUCUUGCACCGAAAUAUUGUCUGGCAACAAGUCUACAGGAAUGUGCAACUUACCAAAAUGCUCACAAAGGCCGAGAUGCCAGGAGGAGGCUCUAAACCUUGGCCUCAAAAGCGAACAGGAAGACAUCAUGCGGGCAGCAUUCGAGCUCCCCACUUUCAUCGUGGAGGCUUUGCCCAUGGAGUUCGCGGCCCGAAGACGUGGUUUUAUAUGUUGCCCGACUCGAUUCGCAUCAAGGGCCUAUGCGUCGCUCUGACUGUCAAACAUGCGCAGGACGAUUUGCAAGUUGUUAGUAGUCUGGAGGAGCUACCUGAUGGCGACCCGCAAUUCCUGAUGAGUCUUGCUGAUGAGCGAAACUGGGGCUACAGCGUUCUCUUUGUUAGCGAAACGGAUACGAUAACUGGCCCCCUCUCAGAAGCCACCUCUCAAUUGCCGUGGAUGAAUGUGAUGCCAUAUUAUGGGCUCAACUGCUUCUCCUUGAUGAAAUAUGACACGAUUGUUUUCAGCCAAAAGGCAUUGAAUUUGAUACAAACAAGCCUUCUUCGUCACUUGCAUCGCGCCGACUCGUUGAACACGAAAUAUCGAUAUAAGGACAUCAAGGAAAAGAUUUUGAAAGAAGAUUGGGAAAUGGUGAUGGAGGUGGAACAGUUGAUCAUCGGCUUCGUUCGUGACGGAUUUGCAGAAGGAUCGGUUACCUUAAUCAAACACGAUGCUGGCCGGAUACUUGUCGAUACCGGCUCUCCUGAUAAUUGGAAUCAGCUCGAGGCCGAGCUGAAACUUCGGGAGAUCGAGCUUGAUGCCAUCGACACGCUUGUAAUCACCCACGGACACAUCGACCAUUGCGCCAAUUUGGGUCGAUUCGCUAAGGCGACGAUCUACAUGGACAAUGAUCGACGGUCCCCAACUGGUGUAUAUUCACCGACAGAAGACAUUAUUCAAUUGACGCCGCUGAUAUUCAUCAAAAAAUACCGUGGCCACACGGAUAACGAUUUAGUUGUUGUGGUGAAUGGGACUGCCGUUGGUACGAUUGUCGUAGCAGGAGAUCUAUUUGAAACCGAAAGUGAUGCGAACGACUGGGAAGCUAAUAGUCGAUAUGUGGAGUCGCAAAAAAAGGCUAGAGCCGAACUUCUCUCGAUGACAGAUUGGAUUGUCCCGGGUCACGGCCCGAUUUUUCGUACGGGCCGCAAA